AUGAUCCAGCUUCAUGUAUGGGGUUUACAAGACAAGGUAUCAAUUAUUUCACCUCAAUGUGUUGCGUCGGUGUGGCUAGCUUGCUUGGUUUUGGAUUCUAAAGCAUUUGAAGUCGUGACAUCCAAUAAUACGAAUUUAUCCACAUCGGGAGAGUUUCCAAUUUUAUUACUUGAGAAUGGACAAUGUAUAUCGGGGUAUCUGGCGAUAGCUUUGUAUUUGUUGAGCAAUUAUACAUCUCUGGAAACUUUGCAGGUGUUAAACAACAGGCAACAAUUGAUCAAUGUGGGUCUUGUUAGCCAACUCACUGAAACUCUCGAAAUCAUCAAUCAGUACAAUUUGUUUAUCAACACGACAAAUUAUGAAAAGUACACCAGAAAGCUAUUGUCAAACUUUUACCCCUUUCCAAUGAUGUAUAAUCUGUCAUUAUCCUUUUACAACACUGCGCAACAAAAGGUAAAGUUAUUGGGAUUGGAUAAAAGCAAAACGUCAUUAUUCAAUUUCUCGAGCAAUAAUGCAGAUGUUGUUGUUGCAGAAACAGAAACUGUAAAUAGCGAGCAAAGCGACUCUGAAGAUGUUGGAGAGGAGGGUACCAACAAGGGUAUUAGCGGGUUGCAUGAAAGGUACUUGUUGCAGAAAUCCAAAACUAAGGAAGUUUUGAAAGAGUCCAAAGCUUCCAUGCGCUGUUUGAUGAAAGUGGAAAAGUACGUGAAUGAAAUUGAGAGUUUAAAAGAGAGUGAAAAUGGAAAAGAAGAAAAGAGAGACGAGGAGAAGGAGAAGGAGAAGGAGAAGGACGAUAACCAGAAAAACAAUCGGGAAAAUAGCUCAUAUAUCUUUGGUAAUCUUCCUUCUAGUGGGGAUAUCUUAUUCCUCGCAUGCAUAUACUGCUUAACUAGUAAAGAGAUACCAGAUAGAUUUAUUCAGGACUAUUUGAGCUCUCAAAAAGCAUCGUUUUCUGAAACUGCAAAGCUGAAAAUUGAUGAGUUGCAAAAAAAUACUAUAACAAACUGUACAAUAAGGCCACCAAAAGGGAGAGAAAUACCCAGCUUAUAUAAUGAAGUGAUGUAUUGGACCGGAUAUGUGAAAUAUUAA